GGUGCCCUCCUGGGGGCUCCCGCCUACACACACUUGUUACCUUCCGUGUUCCCUAGAGCCCGGGGUCUCAGUGCUGCUUAUCUCCCUGCUCACAGAUGAGACUUCAGGGCUCGCAGGAGGCACACUCGGCUUCUGAGUGGCACGGAGGCAAGCUCCAGGCUAGGUUCCCUGCCUCUGCCGUGCUCUCACGGAGUCCCCAGUCUCGGCCAGAGGCAGCAUGGUCCACAAGGCGCCAUGGGGCCCGAUAGAGUGACAGCCCGGGAACUGUGUGAGAACGACGACCUGGCCACUAGCCUCGUGCUGGACCCCUACCUCGGCUUCCGCACCCAUAAAAUGAACGUCAGCCCCGUGCCCCCCCUGCGGCGACAGCACCACCUGCGCUCAGCGCUGGAAACUUUCCUGAGGCAGCGGGACCUGGAGGCUGCAUACCGGGCCCUGACGCUGGGAGGCUGGAUGGCCCACUACUUCCAGAGCCGGGGCCCACGGCAGGAGGCUGCCCUCAAGACCCACGUCUACCGCUACCUCCGUGCCUUCCUGCCAGAGAGUGGCUUUGCCAUCCUGCCCUGCACCCGCUACUCCAUGGAGACCAACGGUGCCAAGAUUGUGUCCACCCGUGCUUGGAAGAAGAACGAGAAGCUGGAAAUGCUGGUGGGCUGCAUCGCAGAGCUGCGGGAGGCGGAUGAGGGGCUGCUAAGGGCUGGCGAGAACGACUUCAGCAUCAUGUACUCCACCCGCAAGCGGAGUGCCCAGCUGUGGCUCGGUCCUGCUGCCUUCAUCAACCACGACUGUAAGCCCAACUGCAAGUUUGUGCCCGCAGAUGGGAACGCGGCCUGCGUGAAGGUACUGCGGGACAUUGAGCCGGGGGAUGAGGUGACGUGCUUCUACGGCGAGGGCUUUUUCGGCGAGAAGAACGAGCACUGCGAGUGCUACACGUGUGAGAGGAAAGGUGAAGGCGCCUUCCGCCAGCAGCCCAGGGAGCCCGUGCUGCCGCCGCGGUCCCUGGACAAGUACCAGCUCCGGGAGACCAAGCGACGGCUGCAGCAAGGCCUGGACGGCAGUGGCCGGCAGGGCCUGUUGGGCCCUCGGGUCUGUGCCCACCUGUCCCUCCUGCGCCGGGACCCAUACUGCGCUGCCUGCCAGCCCCUGCACCUGCCAUCCUGCAGCAUCCGCCCGGAUGCCUUGCCCCUGUGGCUCCAGUGGCUGCCUCAGCCCCAGCCUCGCUUGCGUCCCCGGAAGCGCCGACGCCCUCAGCCCCGGCGGGCCCUGGCAUCCCCCUCUCUCCGUGCUGCCCGUGUCUCCCUGCACCAAUGGGGCGGCUGUGGCUCCCACUGCCGCCUGCAGGCAGAGGCCCUGGUGGCCCUGGGUCGGUCCCCCCGUGCCCGCUGGGCUCCCCAGCAGGAUUGGCACUGGGCCCGGCGCUAUGGGCUGCCUUAUGUGGUGCGUGUGGACCUCAGCCGCCUGGCCCCAGCCCCGCCAGCCACCCCUGCCCCUGCCGAGGCCCCAGGACCCAUCCUGAUCCCCAAGCAGGCCCUCGCCUUCGCCCCCUUCUCCCCGCCCAAGCGCCUGCGGCUGGUGGUCAGCCAUGGCUCCAUCGACCUGGAUGUCGAUGGAGGGCUGUGA